AUAAAAGACAGUAAAACAAAGCCUUUCACUUUCCUCAAAUUAGCAGGCUAAUGUAGUAUAAAAAAAAGCAGUUCUACUCAGAUCUGUGCUAAGAGCUUUCAUUUCAUCAUAAUAUAAAACAGCAGAUCCGUCACCUUUCUCUACUCAGUACUCUUGAUUUUGAGGUUGAAGUGAAAAUUAGAAGCUGUUCAUUCUGGCUCACAGACUGGGUUGCAUUUGCUUAGUCUCAUUCCAUGACAGUAGGAUGGGAAGAGGUCAGUAACACUGGAAUCUGACUGAUCAUCCAUACCGGAGUAUUGUACACAAACAUAAAGCUCCUUCAAAAUGGACUACUUUUUGGAUGUCGAGUCUGCUCACAGACUGUUUUACAGUCAAGGAGCUCAAGCUCGUCGGGCAACUCUUCUCACUGUGCCCACUCUGAUGACAGCAUCUUCUGAUGAUGACAUAGACCGGAGACCCAUCAGAAGACUUCGGUCUAAGAGUGACACCCCUUACUUGGAAGAAGCUAGGAUCUGCUUCAAUCUUGAUAAUGCUCGCCGGGCCACGCUGCUCACCGUGCCCACAUUAAUGGCGGCAUCUUCCGAGGAGGACAUCGACCGCAGACCCAUCCGCCGCGUCCGCUCCAAGAGCGACACCCCUUACCUCGCUGAGGCCCGCAUCUCCUUCAACCUCGAGACAGCUGAGGAAGUGGAAAGACUGGCUGCAAUGCGUUCAGAUUCUCUGGUACCUGGGACUCACACACCUCCCAUCAGAAGAAGAAGCAAAUUUGCCACUCUUGGAAGGCUAUUUAAGCCAUGGAAAUGGAGGAAGAAGAAGAGUGAAAAGUUUAAGCACACUUCAGCAGCUUUGGAAAGAAAAAUAUCAAUGAGGCAAAGCAGAGAAGAGCUUAUAAAACGAGGAGUGCUGAAAGAAAUUUUUGAUAAAGAUGGGGAACUUUCCAUACCAAAUGAAGAAGGAGCUUUGGAGAAUGGACAGCCUCUGGGCUCUGCCCAAGUGCUGAGCUCCAGCCAGGUAUCCCUGCCAGCCCUAGCAGAACUGGAGUCAGGUCCAGCAUCUGGUGAACCCUGCUCAUAUGAGGUGCUCCCAACCACCGAGAUCAUGGAUGGGACAGUGUCUGAAGAGAGCCCCACAUCCAAUGAAUCCGGCAUCCUCCUGUCCCAAGAUCCUACAGCUAAGCCAGUCCUGCUACUUCCCCCCAAAAAAUCUGCUGCUUUCCCUGGAGACCAUGAGGACACCCCAGUGAAACAGUUGUCCCUCCUCAAACAGCCCCCUGCCCUGCCUCCUAAACCUAUUGCCAGGAUUGCCAGCCACUUAACUGAUCCUGGCGCUCCUGUGAAACUGCCUUGUAUGCCAGUUAAACUGUCACCUCCACUACCUCCAAAGAAAGUCAUGAUUUGCAUGCCUUUAGGGGGGCCAGACCUCUCUCUCUCAUCCUAUUCCACGCAGAAGAGCUCCCAGCAGCCUUUGACCCAGCACCAUCACACUGUCCUGCCAUCCCAGUUAGCAGCACACCAGCACCAGCUCCAGUAUGGCAGCCACAGCCAGCACCUGCCUUCUGGGUCCAACACGUUGCCCAUUCACCCGUCAGGGUGCCGGAUGAUAGAGGAACUCAACAAAACACUAGCCAUGACCAUGCAAAGGCUAGAAAGCUCUGGUUUACACACAGGUGACAGUGUUACAAAAACAGGACCUGGGGGCCUUCCAGACAUGAGACAAGUGCCAACUGUUGUGAUCGAGUGCGAUGACAAUAAAGAAAAUGUGCCUCAUGAACCUGACUAUGAAGAUUCUUCCUGCCUCUACCCAAGACAGGAAGAGGAGGAAGAAGAAGAUGAAGAGGAGGACAAUUCAUUAUUUACAAGCUCCCUGGCAAGGAAAAUCUGCAGGAAGGACUCUUUAGCAAUCAAAUUAAGCAACAGGCCUUCCAAGCGAGAGCUGGAGGAAAAGAACAUACUCCCCAUGCAGACUGAUGAAGAGAGGCUUGAACUUAGGCAGCAGAUUGGGACAAAGUUAACAAGACGACUGAGCCAGAGGCCAACUGCUGAAGAAUUGGAGCAGAGGAACAUCCUGAAACCCCGGAAUGAGCAAGAGGAGCAGGAGGAAAAACGAGAGAUAAAAAGAAGACUAACUCGUAAGCUGAGUCAAAGGCCCACAGUAGAAGAGUUACGGGAGAGGAAGAUCCUCAUCCGCUUCAGUGACUAUGUGGAAGUGGCAGAUGCGCAGGACUAUGACAGGAGGGCAGACAAACCCUGGACACGACUCACAGCCGCUGACAAAGCAGCCAUUCGGAAAGAGCUUAAUGAAUUUAAAAGCACUGAAAUGGAAGUUCAUGAACUAAGCAGGCAUCUAACAAGGUUUCAUAGACCAUAGCAGUUUGAUUCUACCGGACUACUAUGCCAUCUUCGAAACAUAACUAAAAGGAACCAUAAGUGCUGGUAUUACUCACUUCCCUGUUACGUACAAUGUAAUCUGAACUGCCUUUUUAAAAAACAAGAGAGUAGAAAAUAAAUAUGAAAAACAAAAGGAAAACUGUAUUUACACAUGAUGGGUACUGCAGCAUCAUCAGACCUGCUAGUUCAAGCUUCAAAAAGAGAAAAUACCCCUGGUGGGAAUCGUGCCAAGACUUGGCUUCUAUGUAUAAGGACUUCCCUGGCAUGUGGAUUUGCCAUAUGUGUUCAAGCCCAGCUGGUGGUGCGUCCCUUUUGUCUUCAGGCACCUGUCUUCUUGACAAGCCUCUGUCAUCAACUCUAGAGCCCCUAGAUGGUGUUCAGGAAAUCACUGGCCUGGGUGAAGUCUCUGAAAGAUGAGCACCUACAACACUAAGGCACUUCUACCACACACUCCUUUCAGACUGUGAGCACCUUAUGAGGACGGUGAAGAAAGCAGAAGUACUCUACAGGUCAGCCCAUCUGUGAACAUCACCUGACUACAAAGGCAUUUCUUCCCCUGGAGAAGGCUGUGGCCAGUCCACAGGCAUUGCUCAUCUCC